GGGUGUGUGGGUUAGUUAAUCUUAAUCCUGUGUGAGCUGGAUCCACUCUCCCAAGAGUGACCCACUUUGAAUAAAAUAUUAUGAUAAACCAAUGAACAACAAGCCCCUAAAUAAACAGAGAAAUCGAGCUCCAAGCAGGAACAGGGUCCUUCAACCGUUCUCCUCCAGUCUCCCAAAGUGUGCUGUAUAUAAAAAUUUCUCUCUCGAACUCCCACUUCCUUCCCCUCUUUCUCUCUGAUUUCGCCUCACCCCAGAUGGGUUCUCUUAAUUUUCCCACUUUUGGGGUCAAAAGUUCAGUAUGAAAUGCAGCCAUCUCAAUUUUUGGCGUUUCUAUUGAUUUCGCUGGUCUGAGAUUUGGUCUACUGAGGGGUAAAUCUGAAUCAAGUGGAGGGGAUCGAUGUCUACGGCCAGUUCGAGCUCUGUCAGGAAAGCCGCCGAAGCUGUCCCCGACCAGUUUCCGGCCGGCCUCCGUGUCCUGGUUGUCGAUGAUGAUCCGACCUGCCUUAUGAUCUUGGAGAAGAUGCUUCGUAUUUGCCGCUACGAAGUAACAAAAUGUAGUCGAGCAGAGGAUGCGCUGUCUCUUCUCAGACGGUAUAAAAAUGGGUUCGAUAUUGUUCUGAGCGACGUCCACAUGCCCGACAUGGAUGGAUUCAAGCUUCUGGAAUACAUUGGAUUGGAAAUGGACUUGCCUGUUAUCAUGAUGUCGGUUGACGAUGGGAAAAACGUCGUCAUGAAGGGAGUGACUCACGGUGCUUGUGACUAUCUAAUUAAACCAGUUCGAAUUGAAGCAUUGAAGAACAUAUGGCAGCAUGUUGUUCGCAAGCGAAAGAAUGAAUGGAAGGAUUUGGAGCAAUCUGGAUGUGUGGAUGAUGUAGAUCGGCAGCAAAAAACGAAUGAAGAUGCAGAUUAUUCGUCAUCAGCUAAUGAAGGGAGUUGGAGGAACUCAAAGAGGAGGAAGGAUGAUGUAGAAGAUGCCGAAGAGAGAGACGAUUCAUCGACCCUAAAGAAACCAAGGGUCGUUUGGUCCGUUGAGCUGCAUCAACAGUUUGUGGCUGCUGUUAAUCAACUAGGAAUUGAUAAGGCUGUUCCCAAGAAGAUUCUGGAGUUGAUGAAUGUUCCUGGACUCACUAGAGAAAACGUCGCCAGUCACCUUCAGAAAUAUCGCUUGUAUCUGAGAAGGCUUAGUGGAAUCACACAACACCAGAGUAAUUUGAACAACACAUUCAUGAGUGCCCAAGAAGCAACAUUUGGGCCAAUGUCGUCCCUGAAUGGACUCGAUCUCCAAACUCUCGCUGCUGCCAGUCAACUCCAGCCACAAAGCCUUGCUACACUCCAAGCAGCUGGAUUUGGUAGGCCUACCGCAAAAUCGGGCUUGCCCAUGCCUCUUGUUGAUCAAAGGAAUCACAUCUUUAGCUUUGAAAAUCCGAAGUUGAGAUUCGGUGACGGGCAACAGCAACAUCUGAACAGUAGUAAACCGGUGAACCUACUUCAUGGAAUUCCAACAACAAUGGAGCCAAAACAGCUCGCUAAUCUACAGCAUUCUGCACAAUCUCAUGGGAACAUGACAAUGCAAGCUAAUGCUCAAGUAGGCCAAAGUAGCUCUCAACUCAUGCAGACACCUCAACCACAAGCUCGAGCACAGAUCCUUAACGAAAGUACCUCAACUAGUGUAACGAGGCUUCCACCAACAAUACAGCAGUCGAUUUUGCCAAACGGAACCACCGGUGGGGUUUUGGCAAGGAAUGAAUUCACCAAUAACAGUAGAGGUGGAGGGUACAAUCUAGUUACACCAGCCUCAACAAUGAUAAAUUUUCCCAUGAACCAAACUGCAGAGUUGCCGGGUAACAGUUUUCCUCUUCAAAGUACCCCAGGGAUGUCAAGUAUAGUACAGAAGGGAAGAUUCUCGGAUGGGGUUAACUCAGACAUUAAAGGAUCCGAAGGUUUCGUGCCAAGCUACGAAAUGUUUAGGGAUCUGCAUCCUCAGAAGCCCCAUGAUUGGGACUUGCAACACGUAGGUGUGACCUUCGAUGCAUCUCAAGGUAGUCUCGCACUCGACAUUCCUCCGUCAGCUUUUGCUCAUCAAGGGUAUGCCUCUAGCCAACAAAACGGACAAAACAGGAAUGCAGCUACUGCUGGCAAGGCCAUGUUCUUGUUGGAAGAAGAAACUGGCAAUGGGAAUUCACAAAAUAUGGGUCAACAACUCAACUCUAUUUUCGUCGAUGGUUCCGUUAGAGUUAAAGUUGAAAGGGUAGCUCCUGAUACCGGCAGUCAAACUGACCUUUUUCCCGAACACUUUGGUCAGGAGGAUCUAAUGAGUGCACUUCUUAAGCAGCAACAGGGAAGCAUUGGAACAGCUGAAAACGGGGUCGAUCACUUUGGUUUGGUAAGCAGAGAGAGCAUGUGAAAAGGCGUAAUCUUGCUGAUUUAGACGGGGAUUGACCUUUCGAUUCAGCAGGGGAGACCAUAUUAGACAGAUCAUUUAAGCUGUAAUAUUCUGAAGCUGGAUUAGCACAAAAGCAUACUAUGCAAAUUUGCAUAUGUGCAGAUUCUUUCGACCGCUUCCACAGAGAGACUAACUUGAGUCUGCUUGUGGAAUCGGCCAUCACUGCAGUGCUCUUGACGAUGCCUGGAAUCGAGAUUUUUGACGCAAUUGCAGGUUUUAGGAAACCCUGUCUACGACUCCAAUAACCUACUGAAAUAAUGCUCUUCCUAUGUUCAAAGCAAUUGCAGUUCACUUUUCAUGUAUAUAUUCUGUUGGAUGGUUCAAGACACAAGUCUAGGAAACACUCGGUUAUCCUUUUUUGUACUCGUAAAAUUUUGAGAUUGUCGUUAAUACCGUUUUGUUGUUGCCUUAGAUAUUGAUUUUCAGUUUCAGCCAUUUUUGUCUCUGUUUCUAAGGUACAUAAGCUUCAUAGAAGAUGGUGAUUCUCAUGUUCACAAUAUAUUAAAGCAAUGAAGUUGUUAUAUUAUCCGCUAGUUUCCUU